AUGACUAUGCUGUCGCCAACUUCUGACCAUCCUCAAGGGGCAUCAAUGAAGGACAUUGAAAAUCCAGGCAACGAUUCACCCGCGCUAGAGGGGUCGACUCAAGCCGAGAAGACUGUCGAUAAUCCAUCCAGAUCGCCCACUCCCCAGCUUCAGACAGCUGAACUGGCGCAAGUCCUCUCGCCUUUGGCAGUGCGGCAGACACAGAGUAUCUCGACACGCUCACAGCACAAUCGCUUGGAGUAUCUCUGUCUUCCAAAUGCGACUAACAGAGGCAAGCUCUCCCGGUCUCUGGCGCGCAGGGCAACGCUCCUCGGCUGGUUCGACCAGGCAGCCACCCAGUCUGGUCAGGAAAGCCAAUCCUCCGUCUGCGUGGCUGUGAAGUUGCCAGAUGAUGGAUACUCCUUCUCCCCUUCCAACAUUACUCCCGCCCUGUCGAAAGCAAUCACAAGGCUCAAUGAGAUGGCCGUCGUGGCCUUAUCCUCGCGUGUCGUCGACAAGGGACUGUCAGGUAUCCUUCCAGGCCAGAAGAGCUUCCUGGUAGAAAGUACAAGCACCCGUAUCCCUAUCGUUGCUACGCUCGACGACGUGGAGCCUACUCUCGCGCACUAUUCCCGAGCGUGCAUCGUGAUGGAGCAGAAGAUAGUUCUUGUGUGGUCGCAUGACACCGCGGGAAUUCUGAACGUGGCAUACGACGUGGAGACGCAGCUGGGAGGCCAGAGUCCAAAGAUCUCCAAUGCCACCACACCGCGAAUUUCCGGACGUUCCACCCCGAUGGAUCCAUAUCGAACGGAUGAUCUACAAAAGCCUGCGAACGUGCUGCAACCAGUUCGAGGCGCACUUGAUGAGAAACAGGCUAUAUAUAGCAAGGCAGUGGCUCUGGAGGAAGGUGAAGACAAUGAGGUGCCUGACUUGGAGCGAAAUGCGGCACCACGACCGGUUCUUCUGGUACAUACGGUCAAGAUUAGCUUGGCGAUUAUGCUCGUCAUCGUCACACAGUCUCUCGGCGUCGCAAGACUCUUGAACGAAUUCCAAUGGGACGGUCAAUACACCCGUUUUGCGCUGGUUGUCACUAUUCCUCCACUCGCUCUCUUUUCUCUGUUCUUCUUCAUCGUGCUGGUCACCAGCGUCUUUCAGCUAUUCCUCCCCGCGAGCUUCUGUCUCAAGAACUCCAAGUUCCACUCUGGUGAUACUGAGGAUAGUUCAGCGGUAAAACCAAACCCCAAGGCUCAUGGCGAGUACGAACUCCCUCACAUCACGAUUCAAAUGCCGGUCUACAAGGAAGGCUUAAAAGGGGUCAUUGUUCCGACCAUGAUCAGCGUCCUUGCGGCAGUUCAAUACUACGAGGAGCAAGGAGGGACUGCAUCCGUAUUUGUCAAUGACGAUGGCAUGCAAGUCAUUCAAUCGGACCUGGCUGAAGCGAGGAAGCAAUAUUACCGGGAAAAUGGAAUCGGCUUCACUGCUCGUCCGCCAAACAAGAAGAGUCCGGUUCAGAAAGGUGGCUGGGGCAGCUGGUUUCGAAAGUCCAAGCCCGCUACUACGGAGCCCGCUGAUAGCGAGGAACCAGAGGGCCCUUAUACACCUCAGGCGCUGGCAAACAAAAUUGGUUUCGAGCGCAAGGGCAAGUUCAAGAAGGCGAGUAACAUGAAUUAUGGAUUGGCUUUUUCCCUUCGAGUCGAAGAUGAGCUAGCUCGUCUCACCCAGAUUGAGACGGAACGACGAGGCUGCACUGUGGAUGAUUUGACAGCGGAAGAUGAUGAUCGUCUCUAUCAGCAAGCAUUGGACAACAUGCUCGCUGCAGACGAGGAGCGCACUUGGGCCGAGGGGAACAUUCGCAUUGGAGAGCUGAUCCUAUUAAUUGAUUGCGACACCCGUGUUCCCGUGGAUUGUCUCUUGUAUGGCGCCCUUGAAAUGCACGAGAGCCCCGAAGUGGCCAUUCUGCAGCACGGCUCCGGUGUUAUGCAAGUGGUGCACAAUGUGUUUGAGAACGGAAUCACGUACUUCACCAAUGUUGUCUAUACCGCGAUCAAGUACGGUGUCGGCUCAGGCGACGUCUCCCCUUUUGUCGGACACAAUGCGUUUCUGCGAUGGAGGGCUUUACAGAGCAUUGAAUUCGUUGAUCCCUCAGAUGGCCAGACCAAGUGGUGGUCAGACACGCACGUCUCAGAAGAUUUCGACAUCAGUCUGCGUCUGCAGAUGCAGGGGAUGGUGGUGCGACUGGCCACUUACCACAAUGGCGAAUUCAAAGAAGGCGUGUCGCUGACUCUCUAUGACGAGCUAACUCGGUGGGAAAAAUAUGCCUAUGGUUGCAACGAGUUGGUCUUUCACCCUUUUUAUCAAUGGGUCUACAAGGGCCCUGUCACCAGACUAUUUCUGCGAUUUCUCUGGAGUAAUAUGCCAGUAACCUCGAAAGUAACCAUCAUCGCGUAUAUCUUUACCUACUAUGCAAUUGGUUCUGGUAUGCUUUUGGCCACAGUCAACUAUGUCAUUCUGGGACUCUUUGACUCGGAUAUUGAUCACCUGUACCUCCCGUCGUGGGGUAUCUGGUGUUCACUUGUGGUGGUAUUCAACGGCUUCUCCUCGAUCGCAUUCAGUAUGGUCCGCCAUCAACUGAAGGAGGAGACGUUCUGGCGAGCCCUCCUCGACGCCAUCAAGUGGCUGCCUUUCUUGAUCAUUUACUUUGGGGGGAUCAGUCUGAACUGUGCCAAAGCCAUUCUGUGCCAUGCAUUCAGUAUUAACCUCGAAUGGGCGUCGACGGCGAAAGAGAUGGGACCGACGGGUUUCUAUAUUGGCAUGGACAAGAUGGUGCGGCGGUUCAAAUGGACGUGGGCCAUCUGUCUAGUCCUUGCUGGAGUGAUGAUAUACUUCGCCGUGGGUGCUCCCUGGGGUUGGACGAUUACCCCCGGACCCUAUUCCACAGCCAACGUGGCCAUCGCUCCGUUGGCCAUUCAGAUCUGCUCAGCCAGCUUUCUUCCUUUCUUCCUCGGCUUGAAUUGA